UGCUUAUGUAUCUGAUUUUUUAUUUCAUUUGAAACGCCUACAUUAUCUUAUCUUGUUGAAAGAUAGUUUCUGAUCUUAUCCAACAUCUACAUGUCUGCAUUUGGGUCUUUCAGCCACUAUCUGCAAAGCUUAGACUAACCAAAAAGAUGCAAGGCAGCAUUUUUCUAAUGGUCAUUUUGGUGGUUUCAUCUACCCUGUCCAUGGACACAGAAGAUGAAAAUAUAGGUGAAAUUGAUGACAACAAGAACAACACCAAUGAUGAGGAUACUCGUAAGCCACCAAUCUCUGCAAGAAGUAGUACUUUGGCAAGAGACUACCGGUGGACAUCUCCAAUUCCGUAUGUGUUGGACAAAAGCCUGGAUCUGAACACUAAAGGAGUCAUCAUGAGAGCUUUUGACCAGUUCAGGCUAAAGUCAUGCAUUGACUUCAAACCCAGAGAUUCUGAGGAGUAUUACAUUAAUUUCCUAGGUUAUUAUGGGUGCUGGUCAUAUAUUGGUCGAUUAGUCGCCAAUGGACAGGACAUCUCCAUCAGACCCUACUGUGAUGACAUUGGCUCUAUUGAACACCUAAUUUUUCACAUCCUUGGCUUCUACCAUGAAGAGCUCAGAUAUGACAGGGAUGACUAUGUGCAGAUUGAUUUUGACAAAGUCAUACCAGAUUACAAAACAGAUUUCGCGAAGGUCAGCAGUGAUCUGAGCACCACCAACGGUGUGCCAUAUGAUUACCUGUCAGUGAUGCACUCGGGCAAAGAUUUCUUAAGAUAUAACUACAAAGAUCGAACAAUUAUUACCAAAGACUCCAAAUUCCAAGAUGUGAUUGGUCAAAGACUGGAAAUGAGUCCACGUGAUGCUGAAGAGUUGAACCUUCUUUACAAAUGCAAUUCUACAGUUGCCUUUUUGUUCUUCUGUGACUUUUCCAAUGGAAACAUUUGCAACAUGAGCCAAAUAAACAAGUGUACACAAAAGGGCAAUGGCUGGGAAGUGGUUAGACAAGCUUGUAGGGGUCUAAUGUCUGACCACACAACUCUACCAGGCAAAAAUGAAGAUUAUGGUCAGGAAAUAGGAUACUUCCUCCAUGCCAGCUUAGCAUCAGGUCAAGAGGGAGAUUCAGCUUGGCUCAGGACACAAAUCAUGAGUACUAAAAGGGAAUGUAAAGUCCAGUGUCUGCAGUUCUACUAUUUCCAUAGUGGAAAUGAGUUAGAUGAACUGAACAUCUGGAUCAGAGAGUUUCAAGAUGAGCAGGACACCACAGGAACUCUCCGUCUCAUGGGACAGAUCACUGGUCCACCAACAUAUCAUUGGCAGCUCCACCAUGUUUCUCUGAAUGCCACCAAAAACUUCCAGGUGGUGUUUCAGGCUUGGAAAGGAGACAGGAACUCUACAGGCAGCUUCUCAAUUGAUGACAUAAAUCUCUCUGAGACCGAGUGUCCACAUGUAACAUUGCAGAUUGAUGACUUUGAGAAACUUUUAAGCACCAGUGCCUUUGGAACCACAAUAUACAGUCCACGGCAAUACUCCAAGGAGGGCUACUCUUACCGGAUAGGUGUCAAACUCUACAAGGAAUCUGUUGGAAUGUUUGUGCAGCUCUUGUCUGGUGAAAAUGAUGACCAGCUAAAAUGGCCUUGCCUGCAAAAGCAAAUGACUUUGCAAGUGCUGGAUCAAAACCCUAGCGUGCAAAAGCAAAUGUCAAAGCAAAGAAGUUUUGUUACUCGCAACCUGUGGUACAGGAUAGUCACCAGUUGGUGGGGCAACCCCUAUUACCAUGGAAGAGUAGUUCUUGUUGAGAAUGGUGAAAAACUCUAUGGUUUAUUUCGGAUUGGUUACUUUCCAUUUGUCACACUGGAAGAACUGGAAACCAGAGAGUUCCUGAAGGGAGGGAGUGUCAUUUUCACAUUUAGCUUUGAAGAUCUCACACCUCUGGUCAAUGGAGAUAUCCUACCAUGUUCUCAAGUAAGAGCUCUGAACAUUAGACAACAUUCUAUAAAUUUCAAAGAAGCCCUGUGCCUGAAGACUGAUGAAGGUAUUUCUGGGAUCUCUCCUGGUUUGGUCGCCUCUCCCAUCCUCACCCUCCUGCUGGCAGGGAUCGCUCUGCUGCCUUGAUGAAACAUAAACCUUCCAUUCAAAUAUAUUGGCUUUGAAAACUAAUGUUUUUUAUGGCUCAUUUCUCUAAUAAAAAAAUUCAACGGAAACGCUACAUUGCACACAUAAUUCUAAAUAAUGAUACAUUUACAUUGCAUUCAUGUUUGGGUGUGGGACUGCACGUUUCUUUCAUAUGGUCAUUGAUCAU